CGGGGCUGAGCGGGAGCGGGCCGUGCAUGAUGCGGGACUGAAGGACGAAAUGGCAGGAAACUAAGCGAUGGAGCCUCUUGAUUUUUCACUCCGCGGUUGAUGGCGCUUUGCAAGUUGUGUCAAGUGUGUCGCUUCGCCGCGAUUAACGGUGCUGAUAAGAAGGCAACUUCAUAGGAGCUGCUAAGAUGGGCAUGAGGAUCAAGCUGCAAAGCACCAACCACCCCAACAACCUGCUGAAGGAACUCAACAAGUGCCGGCUCUCAGAGACCAUGUGCGAUGUCACCAUCGUGGUGGGGAGUCGCUCCUUCCCAGCUCACAAAGCUGUGCUGGCCUGCGCGGCUGGCUACUUCCAGAACCUCUUCCUGAAUACUGGGCUGGAUGCUGCCAAGACCUACGUGGUGGACUUCAUCACCCCUGCCAACUUCGAGAAGAUUCUGAGCUUUGUCUACACGUCAGAACUCUUCACAGACCUGAUCAAUGUGGGGGUCAUCUACGAGGUGGCUGAGCGUCUGGGCAUGGAGGACCUUCUCCGGGCCUGUCACUCCACCUUUCCCGACCUGGAGAGCACUGCUGUAGCCAAGCCCCUCACCAGCGCCGGGGAGAGCCACGCCAAUGCCCUGAGUGGAAGCUCAGUAGAACCCACUCACCCCCUAGGGGAGCUCCGGAGUGGCGGGGAGCACUUUGGUGCCGAUAGGAAUUAUGUGUUGCCUAGUGAUGCCGGGGGAAGCUAUAAAGAGGAAGAGAGAAAAGAGGUAAGCAGUGAUGCCAGCCUGCCUCUGCCGCAGCAGCCACUGCCGCCAAAGACAGAAGAUCAUGAAACCUCUGCUCCGUUCACCUCUGUUCCUGGCAUGGGGACCCAGCCAGUGCUUGGCACCAUCAGCAUGGGCAUCCAAACCAGCACGAGCUCCUGCCAGCCAUACAAAGUUCAGAGCAAUGGAGACUUCAGUAAAAACAGCUUCUUUACCUCUGACAAUGCCAUAGACAUCACCACUGGGUCCAACUCCUGUCUGAGCAAUAGCGACCACCCCAAAGAGCCGGGCUUCGGGCAGAUGGAUGAGCUCCAGCUGGAAGACCUGGCGGACGAUGACUUGCAGUUUGAAGACCCGACCGAGGAGAUAGGCACAACUGAGGAGGUGAUAGAAUUGAGUGACGACAGCGAGGAUGAGCUGGCUUUUGGGGAGAGCGACAGCCGAGAGAAUAAGGCCAUGCCUUGCCAGGUGUGCAAGAAGGUUCUGGAGCCCAACAUUCAGCUGAUCCGACAGCAUGCUCGGGACCACGUGGACCUGCUCACAGGCAACUGCAAGGUCUGUGAGACCCACUUCCAGGACCGAAACUCCCGGGUUACCCAUGUUCUGUCCCACAUUGGUAUUUUCCUCUUCUCUUGCGACAUGUGUGAAACUAAGUUCUUUACCCAGUGGCAGCUGACCCUCCACCGACGGGAUGGAAUAUUUGAAAACAACAUCAUCGUCCAUCCCAACGACCCCGUGCCUGGGAAGUUAGGUCUCUUUUCUGGCACGGCUUCCCCAGAGUUGAAAUGUGUUGUCUGUGGGAAGGCAUUGGCCAAAGAUUUCCACGUGGUUCGGGGCCACAUCCUUGACCAUCUAAACUUGAAGGGCCAGGCCUGCAGUGUCUGUGACCAGCGCCACCUCAACCUGUGCAGCCUCAUGUGGCACACGCUCUCACACCUCGGCAUCUCGGUCUUCUCCUGCUCUGUCUGUGCGAACAGCUUUGUGGACUGGCAUCUCCUUGAGAAGCACAUGACCGUGCACCAAAGCCUGGAAGAUACCCUCUUCCGCUGCCACUUGUGCAGCCAGAGCUUCAAGUCGGAGGCUGCCUAUCGCUAUCACGUCAGCCAGCACAAAUGCAACAGUGGCCUUGAGGCACGGCCUGGUUUUGGGCUGCAGCACCCAGCCCUCCAGAAGCGGAAGCUGCCAGCAGAGGAGUUCCUGAGCGAGGAACUGGCUUUGCAGGGCCAGCCUGGGAACAGCAAAUAUAGCUGCAAGGUCUGUGGCAAACGGUUUGCCCACACCAGUGAGUUCAACUACCACCGGCGGAUCCACACGGGUGAGAAGCCGUACCAGUGUAAGGUGUGCCACAAGUUCUUCCGAGGCCGCUCGACCAUCAAGUGCCACCUGAAGACGCACUCGGGGGCCCUCAUGUACCGCUGCACAGUCUGUGGCCACUACAGCUCCACCCUUAACCUCAUGAGCAAGCACGUCGGUGUGCACAAAGGCAGCCUCCCGCCUGACUUCACCAUCGAGCAGACCUUCAUGUACAUUAUCCAUUCCAAAGAGGCAGACAAGAACCCGGACAGCUGACUGGGCCCCAGCGGAGCCAGAGGACACUCCCAGGCGGCAGCCAGGACCUCUGUUUUCUAAUGGCUGCUCCUCCCUCCCCAGCCGAAGUUACGAUUUUGCCUUGCUAGGAAUUUGUCUUGUGUUGAAAGAAGAAAGAAGAAAUAGCACAUAAGCUGUUACUGUUUUUGAGAAGCAACGGCCCUAUCAUGUUUACCUCCUUACCUGUUCUUGCCCGCGAGGGCUGUGUUUUUUAUUUUUUCCGAGACUGGUUUAGGGAUCUCGCAGGCAGUUGGUGUCAACUAGAUCCUCGUCCCCAGCCUCUUGCGUUUUAGUUUACGGAUCGGUUUUAUGCUGCUAAGACUCCAACCAACAGCCUCACAGGAUAGAGGAGGUGGAGAGAGGUUUUCACUGUGGGUAUCACUGCCAGACCUCCCGCUGGGACGGCCAGCUGAGAGCGAGGGUUCGGGAAUGUGAGCGCCCAGAAGGGACUAGUCAGCGGGGCAGCUCACCUCAGGUUCCACUCCUAGCCCUCUGCAGGGAAGAGGCUUCAGGGAUGGAGGUGCCUGCUUAUUCCACGGCUCUCGUUUGCUGAGUGGACAGUUAAAGCUUUUGGCAGAGAGAUCCAAACGGGACGAAGCUUCCCGUGUAGGUCACUAAGCUUUGGGGUGAACCCUUGCCAGCCCGAAGAGGUGUCCCAUGGCAGUCUGGGUGGCCAGGAAGGGAGGUUUCUCUUUUUUUUCCUCAAUUCCAAAGAAACGUGGCGUGAUGGCCCUGGACAUAAGGCCUUCCCUGUGGGGCAAGGAGGACAGCGAGCCACUUUGAUGUAGUCACCUGCCCGCCCCCGCUGAGUGCCCUGACAGAGAGGUGGGGGUCUCUGACAGCAGCAGCCUUGCCUUAAUUUACACCUAGUCUCUCACCUGGAGUGUGUUUGGCCCAUAGUGUAGACGAGAAGACCCCUGAGCUGGUGGGGUGGUGGACUGAGAGCCCUUCAGGACAGAGGGCCCCAGGUACCUGGUGGCGUGUAGCAGGUGCGUUCUUUCUGGUGCUGCCAGGUAACCUGUUUCCUUUGCUAACUGGCCGGAGCUGGGGCAGCUCGCCUUUGACCUGCUGGACUUAGACGGACUUGUCGCCGCAUCAGCGCCAGGGGGCGCUAUGGGACGGCAGCCGCUCUGGGCCCUCCCUCAGGGACCGGGAACCUGUUGCCCGGUCAUGGGGACUGUUUGUUUGGCUUUCGAGGGGAUCUAGAGGGAUCCGAAGAGGGCUUGCGGGGAAGGGCCCUACAUCUCACAUAUUCACAAGGUGACACCUCAGACCUCAUACUACCUCACCUUGCUCAGGCGAGCCCUGGGGGUCCGCGGCCUCGGCCCUGACACUGCCCCCGGCGGGACUCAGCAGCGCUGGGCAGUGACACAAGCAGGUGGUUUUAAUGAACUCACAAAGCCUUUUUGGACGUUAAUAUUUAUUUAUUUUUGUUUUGGUAUACGUUUUACCCAGCAUCUCUUGGAGAAGAGACAAGGAAAAUGAGUUUCUCCCCAGCCGGUAGUUUAUUCCAGUGGGCAACCCUGGAAGUGGCUUAGAACUAGGGGUGAACAGGUCAGGCCUUUAAACGAGCAAAUUGUUUUCUUUCUCCAGAUAUUCCCCUGCAGAAUAAACCCAGGCGAGGCAGAUGGAUGUAGGUUCUAGAAAGUUGGAGCUGUAAAAUUCUUAGGGCUUUCAUUCCCUUUCCAUCCUGUGAUGGAGUAGAUUUGGGACUGGGCCAAGUGGAUCAGGUCACAUGAAAGACCUUUUUGCACGUGCUCCCAUCCUCCCUGAACUCGGGGAGCCGUAGUAAGACACGCAAGCAAGGGCCUCCCCGGUGCCCCUUCCACAGAUCUAAGUUGAUCCCGCCCCUGAGCUGGAACGCAUGACUGAAGGGGUUAAUUCUCAGCACUAUCAAGUUAUUGGCAGCCACUGCAAUAUGAGUUCGAUCCCCGGCCAGGGAGCUGAGCCACAGGGCGCUGCAGACCUCUCCUGUCUCCCCGCUGCUCCCCUCAGCAGUGGAUUUCAGUGGAUCCGCCUGUUCUGCUCCCCACCCUGUCUCUGGUGGAUCCUCUCACCCCCCGCACCUCUGGCCCACACCCCAGCUCUUGUAGCAUAAAUAAAAAAGAAUCUUUUAUAAAAAAAGAAAAAGACACACAGGCAAACCAAAGGACUGUCCCUGGGGGGACCUUCUGCCCCCUCCCUGACGCCCCCAGCUCUGAGCUGGAGCACAUGGCUUUCUGGUGGGUGACCCUUAAUGUGAAGAAACUUGAACAGGUGACCGCCAGAUGGUGUCCCCACCUGCACCCAGCUUGCUGAAUGUUCUUUUGGGACAUUGUUGUCAGGAAAGCAGAACUGAGACUUUUAUCCCUGAUUGGUUUCUCCUUUUCUCUUCCCACACCCACCAACCCUUAGAAAUUUAGGAAGAAAAAUGUGCCAGAGGCUGAAGUCAAGUAUGUGCUAAUCUCUUCCAGCCGGAGUGAUGCCUCCCAGACUUGGUGAGGACUGAUACUUGAGUGACUGGAUUUAAGAAAGGUGGUGCUUACUGGAAGCCAACCAGGUAGCCGAGGAUGGAUCCGUGUGCUGGAGAAACACUUCCUUAGCAGAGGGCAUCAUGGAUGCUGGGUAAUCUGUAUACUUAACCUGAAACUGUGAAGUUUUCCCUUUUCACCAGUAAACCAAAAAGCAAACCUUGAAACUCUGCCCCUUAAACACUAAACAAGAAAUGGUGCCCCUCACCUGUCUGAGGCCAAGCAGUGUUGGUCACGGUCAGACAUGUAGCAGCGUCAGGAGCUCCUGAGGCUCAUUGGCCAACCCUGUUCCUCUGUGUGUCCCAUUUGAGCCCUCUGAGCCCUGCCCCGUCGGGACGGAGGUGGCGUCUCCGCCUCCAGCUCACCCGCUCCCGCGCUGCUGUGACACUGUAUUGUGGCCAAGGGCGCGCUAGGCUCUCUGGUGGAAGAGACUUUCCGUUUUUGCUUUUUCUCAACCUUCGGUUCAUGUGGCUUUGCUGGCCCCUGCCCCGGAGCCCGUGUAGCCCUGUCUCCUGCUGUACUCUUCUGAGGCUCUGUCUGACCCGCGAAUGUCUUCUCCCGUUCCCCCUGUUCCGUACUCAGGAUCAGCUCCGUCGCUCACAGAGCCCCUUUGAAAUUCACAGAGGAGCGGUAGACGCCGACUGGGCAGCGCCAAACCAAGCGCGAGGCCGUGCCCGGCCUGUUUCCCAAGGGGAAGGGCAGGACUCGGGUGGCACACGGACAAGCGGCGGCGGCCAGAGGCGGGCCUCCCUGACCUGGCGCUCCGGGGACCCGCUGCUGGCUCGCUCGCGCCAGGGCACCCGGGAAGCUCUGCUGGGCCCUCGUAUUUGGCCCUAAGCGAUAAACUCCGUGGGGUGUCGAGUUCGCAGUUGGGAAGAAAGGAAGGAGCUGGGCAAAGAGUGGCCCCCGGUGACCCCUACGAGUCAGGGAAAGGGUGGAAGGUCUUAGACUUCUGAUCUGUCAGAGUUCUUCUGUCUCCAGGACGAGCCUUGGGGUUAAUUACCUUCCCCCGUUGGUGUUUUGCUACUGAUGAUUUUUCCCUUCCCUGGCCUCUUGCCGGGCCCCGGUCCUCAGACUCCUCCGUGUUGGCAGUGAAUCGAAAUCUCUAGGAGAUGGACGCUGGUUCCGUGGCCGUGGAAGUGGGCCGUGUGGAGAAGGCCGCCCAUCUGCGGUCCCCACCGGCCCGGGCCCCUCAGCCCUGCCCUGCCCCCGGCGGGAAGCAGACACAGCGUUUCCCAGUGUGACCGGCCCCGGUCGGCCUCACGUCAGAAUGAAAACGAAACUUUUGAUCUCGGUGUUUCUUUCCGUCCUCCCGCGUCCAGCCCAGCCCCUCCCGCCUCUCCCAGCUGAAGUCUCAGAAAACGGAGCGGAGUCGCCGGCGUCUGCCUCCUCCCAUUAAGUUCACGCGUACUGACCUCCUGAUAUUUAAGUGUUUACUAUCUAUUGCUGUAAAGUUUUGUAUAUUUUGUAAACUUUCCCCCCAAAUAGUAGAUGUCUAAAAUCGUACAUCUGAUUCUUUUAUAUUCCAUUGUUCAGCACAAAGUGUGGUUUUUAUUUAGAAUAAAAAAAAAAAGGAAAUUUGAAAUGGGAGUUCUUUUCCUAUUUACGAUGAACCUGCUAAUUCCUUGAGUCCAGAGUAUCUGGGUGGUCACGCUUCAGUCUCCGUAUUCUCAGUAGGCGCCAGAAUCCUUUCAGUUAGCAAAUUUCCUUUCCCAUGGCUGGAAUUCCCCAGGGCUAACGUGUUACCCUGUUUUUUGUGGGAAAUUGUCAAUGACCCAACCUCUUCGGGGCAAACGUACCAGAGAGGAUCAUCUGUUGGCCCAGGGGGGAGCGGGACCCGGCUUAGGUCCAGCGAAACUAGAUAAAGUGACAGAUUCGGCCACCGAUGGUCUUGCCCAGGCCACCUUAAUUCAUCGUGACAAGGUAUGUCUGAGUGGAGGCAGGUUCACACGGGGCAGUGGUUUGGCAUAACUGUGAGAUGAUAGCAGAUGUGCCUCCACAGAGGAGACCCCUAAAGUUAGGGCACCAUGGCCCUCUGGCCUC